AUGUCCAUUUUCGGUGCGCCUCUUCCACAUGAGGACGACACCGCAACUUCGCUUAUCCGGCGUGAGGGUUAUCCGCCUAUCGGCUCAUACGAGCAAAUGCCGGAGGUGUACGUGUGCCCCUGCUGUAGCUCCAUAAACCCCCGCCAUGAGCCCGAUAACCUGGUGCGCACUGCAAAGGAGGAGAAGGAAUUGGAGCGGCGCCGGCUCAUGCAGCUUGACAUCUUCGAAGAGCGGGCGAAACCCAUCAGCACAGCUGUUCCUCGACCGCGCAGCAUUCCUAUUCGUCAGGAACCCGAAGAUGAGCAACUUGACCAGCCGCUUGUGCCCCCACCGCCGAUGACCCUGGAUGAGCUGCGGAAGCUGCAACGGGAAGUGAACAAGACGCGUCUCAUCGUUACGGUGCAUCAUGGAAAGAACCUUGACGUUCAUCCGCUUGAUCCUACAUCCAUUCUUGUGCGCUGUGGGGCGCUUGAGGGGCAGACGGCGAAGGUGCCUCGUGGUAAUGGAAUCCUUUCUACCUGGGAGGAGAUCUUUGAGUUCCCGUACCCUAACGAAGAGGAACCGCUUGAGCUGCUCGUCGUUGAUGACGCCCUGCCCGCCGAGCAGGACCAUGUCUUUGGCGGUGUCGUUGUUCCACCGUACGCGUUGCGCAACCGCGCCCGUGGUGACGAGGAGGUGUUACCAGUUUGCCCACCGGAUGAGAUGCAGCGUGGCUAUGGUCGCAUGAAGGAGACUCCUCUGGGUUCCAUCGUCGUCUCGUGGUAUGUGAAGUCCAGCGGAGAGGAGGCUGAGCCUGCCAAUGUGAGUCAGAACCUUGAGAAUCCUGUUGACUGCGUCUUCGUCGUUCACCGCAUCUUCCAGUACACCGACAACGGAGCGGAACCCUUCACGGGUGGCGUUCUUUGCGUUCUCCGUGACGCAGACGACAACCUCUCUGCCUCCACCCAGUACCAGCCCAGCGGCGUGGCGACCAUGUCGACGUCGCCGCAUUACACGAAGGAGGGCUUUAACUACCUCCCCGAGCCAGCGUCGCAGAUGAUGCAGCUCAUCACCGAAAAGAGGCUUGGCCAUGUCAUGGUCUGCGUUCCGAAGAGUGACGAGGAGGGCGGUGAAGAUGAGGGGCUACUGGUUGUUGGUGCUGUUUCCCUUGAUUUUGGAGAGCUGUACCACAGGGGCUCUGCGGUGCUGCUUGUCGAGUCAAGGGUGAAGGAGGAUGCCCUGUGGGGCGAGAUUGCGCUUGAGUGGCGUCUCACCCCACAUGCGACGCUGCAAAAGGAGCUGGAAGAGCUCCAGUUGCUCCAAGAGAAGGUGCCGGAGCAGGCAGUCCUGAAGCAAGACGCGGAGGAAGCCAAGGAGUCCCUCUUUGUCACCGUCGUGCGUGGCGUCAACAUCACCGAUCAGAACGGAAACCCCCUGGUCGAGGCACAAGUCUCUUUGUCUGCCGGCCAAAUGGAAGGUUCUACAUUUGUUGCACUCAACACGCUCGAAGAGGACGGCGCAACAAGCAUCCUCAACUGGAACCAAGAGAUGCAAUUUCUUGGCGUGGAUGGCGGCAGAUCGGACAUGAAAGUGCACAUCCUUGAAGACAACGAGAUAAUCAGCAGCGGCGACUUUGUCUUGGAAAAGGACAGUGGCUACGCUGUUGUCCAGAUGCACGACCCGUACGACGCGGACAAAAUGAUGGGCGAAGUUCUUUUGAACUACAGACGUGUUUUUGCCACCGACGGAGCGACGCCCAAGAGGUCGGAAGAAAAUGUCGCCAACAACGUGAAGAGCGAUGGAGAAGAACGCGCCCUACUAAGUGAGGGAAGGGACAGGCCUCUUGCGGGUCAAAAUCAUGGGUACAGCAACAUUGAUGACCGCCAAGAAAAUGAUAAUGAGGAAUACGGGAACCGGGCACUGUCGCAAGAAUACCCUGGAGAGGAGCAGCACGCGCUGAGGGAGCCUUCUGCCGGCAAGGAGCAGGCGCAAGAAUACCCCGGAGAGGAGCAGCACGCACUGAGGGAGCCUUCUGCCGGCAAGAACCUGAGCGAGAAUACCCCAGGGAGGACCCGCAGCACGCACUGA